UUAACCUUUUGUUUUGACAAACCGCCAUAAUUCAGACCAUGGUUUUACUCAGUAGUAGGUUCGCCCUCCGCCUGUGGUUACCCAGAUCCUGUAAUGAGGUCUGACAGUCUGUAAGGCGGUCAUUGUAGUAAAUGCGUUUAUCUGGACGGAUGUUUUAGAGUUUGCGGGAACAGACAGUGCUGAGUUCACAGGACAAUACUAGCUCUAGGUUGAUUCAGUCGAACCUGCGGACUCUCAGGUGAUUGGCUGGAGGUGGAUGACAUCAUUGAAAGUCCGCUGCCUCAGCCGCGCGCUAAACUCCUGGAAAGAGACCAGAGGCGCUCGCGCAGAUGGAAGCCACACCUGGCGGUUUGUAAGCCGACUCGAUCUAGAGAAAACCAUUCGCUCGAGGUGUGUUUAGAUGAGCAGCCAGUCGCGAUGGUCAAAGACUUAAUGAGCUCCUCACCGCUGGCGAGAGCCGCGCGCGCAAAGAGCGCGUGAUGUGAAAAACAAAGUGCUCCCGAGCAACAUGAGGAUAGCCCUUCUGACAAUCUUGAGGAAGAACUUGACGGAGUGAAGGAGGAAGGGUGGAUUCCAUUUCUUUUUUCUUCUGGCUUGCUGAGCAUUUUUUAAAUCAUGCAACAUGAAUGUUACUAACAGCACUGGAGCAGAGGGUCUCGCGCCCUGGAACUUCAACGGCUCGUUGAGCAACGUAUCCAGUUAUGCCAACUUCAGUUGUGACAGCGGCAGCACCAAUGGCUCAUGUGCAGCGGUUGUGGCAGACGGCGACAGCUCCUACAAGACGGUGGAGAUGGUCUUCAUCGCACUGGUCACAGGAUCCCUCAGUUUUGUCACCGUUGUGGGCAACAUCCUCGUCAUGCUCUCAAUAAAGGUCAAUCGACAUCUGCAGACCGUCAACAACUACUUCCUCUUCAGCCUGGCCUGCGCAGAUCUCAUCAUCGGUGUGUUCUCCAUGAACCUUUACACCGUCUACAUCAUCAAGGGCUACUGGCCGCUCGGCCCUGUUGUGUGUGACCUGUGGCUCGCGCUGGAUUACGUGGUCAGCAACGCUUCUGUCAUGAACCUGUUAAUCAUCAGCUUCGACCGAUACUUCUGUGUGACCAAACCCCUCAGUUAUCCCACACGCAGAACCACCAAGAUGGCCGGCCUCAUGAUCGCCUCUGCCUGGAUACUGUCUUUCAUCCUGUGGGCUCCCGCUAUUCUGUUCUGGCAGUUCAUCGUUGGAGAACGGACCGUAGCGCCUAGCGAAUGUUACAUCCAGUUCCUUUCCAACCCUGCAGUCACAUUCGGCACGGCCAUCGCUGCAUUCUACCUGCCAGUGGUCAUCAUGACGGUGCUUUAUGUGCACAUCUCUCUGGCCAGCCGCAGCCGUGUGUCCAAGCAGAAGCCUGAGGCCAAGAAAGAGAAGAAAGGGCCGAAGUCUAGCGGUCUGCUCAAGAGUCACCUCUUGAAGCAGAACAACAACAAUCAGUCUCCUCCUAAGCCCAGCUUGGAGACCUGUUCUACGGUAGACACCAUGAAGAAUGGCAAAGUAGAUGAGUGUGUGGUGUCCACUAAAGCCGACUCCUGCGCGCAGCCGGAGGAGAAGGAGAUCUCGAAUGACUCCAGCACAGCUAGCAUAGCACCUAAAGAGCCUAAAGAACACGCGAACAGUGAGGCGACUUCAGAAGCCGGUCUGACACCCGCUCCGGCAGCCGCCCCUAAAGUCAACCCUCAAUCCAAAUGGUCCAAGAUCAAGAUAGUCACCAAACAAGCAGGAGACGAGUGCAUCACAGCAAUCGAGAUCGUCCCACCGAAUAGUACCGGUGAGAGGCGCUCCAUUCCCGUGAACCGUCCCCGCACAGUGGCGCGCAAGUUUGCCAGCAUCGCCCGCAGCCAGGUGAAGAGGAAAAGGCAGAUGGCAGCACGAGAGAAGAAAGUGACAAAGACAAUCUUCGCCAUCCUGUUGGCCUUUAUUAUCACAUGGACGCCAUACAAUGUGAUGGUUUUAAUCAGCACGUUCUGUCACUCGUGCGUUCCAGACACAGUCUGGGCCAUUGGCUACUGGCUCUGCUACGUCAACAGCACCAUCAACCCCGCUUGCUAUGCACUCUGUAACGCCACCUUCAAAAAGACCUUCAAAAACCUGCUCAUGUGCCAGUAUAAGAACAUCGGCACCAGAUGAACGAAGGGAAGAAGCAGCUAGCGGAGAUGAGGGUAUGAUAUGGAAAGUACAAUGGCUGUGCCGGCUCUUCUGGCCCUGACACCUUUGAAACUUUGGAAGGCACUGUGCAGUACAUUGUGAGGCUUCAUAGUCCCAUAAUGCUGAAACUGUGUGUCAUAACCACAAGUUUAUGUUUUAAGGAAUCAGUGUUUACAAAAAAUGAUGGAGCAAUGGACAAGAGGCUGAAUCACUGAAGAAAUCAAGCUGAAGUCAUGUUGCAAAUGACUUUUCCAGUAAUCUGAUCAUUGCUGCACUGCUAAAACCCCUGGAAUUUUGCACUACAGUAAUGUGAAGAUCAAGCUUAUGACAUUGGUUUAGUCAUGGUUCAUUUUUCCCAAAAGUGAAGAGAGCGAAUCACAGCAAAUAUAAACCAAAAGAUACUUGAUGAAUUACAGGAUUGGAUUGAUUCACUUAAAUUCCCAGUAUAGCACAAAUGGUAUCAAUCAAGUCCUUUUGGUUAGUAUUAACACUGUUUCUGACCCAAAUUUCUGUGACAGGAUGCAGAUUCGCCAUACAGAGGUGAAGAAGAUGUGACUGGAGAACAUAUCACAACCAGAACCGAUAGCAUAUGGAAAAGCUUCUUGUUUGACUGUCCCAGAAAGCAUGGUUCUCCCGAGUGAGAUUCAGUUUCCUGUACCUGCACCUUCCACUUCCCAAAUGAAGGAAAUCAUAAGAUUGAAGCUGCUUGCUGACCACAACAGCUGUGUAUUCCAUUACCUUCAGAGCGACAAAUUCAGGGCAUGUGGGUUCAGCUUGGGAGAAGUUAGUCAUCAUUAUCCUCUUAGCGUGAUCCUCUUGAGGUUCUGGAAUAGGUCAUAAUUCAAAAGGAUCUCCUCAAUGGAUUGGGAUAGGCAUUAUAGACUUUAAAUGGGACGAGACACUCUAUACUGAGCUGAGACAUGUCAAAUGUUACUGUAAAGGUUUGAUCUUGCAGAGGUGUGUAAAUAUGUUUAGUUAUGAUGAAUAUAUGCUCUUGAAAGUAUUAUUUCUUCCCUGCAUUCGAUGUCUGUUCCUCUUGUAUUUAGUUGGUGAUCUUCAUGUGAUUUUACAGAUUAAAUAUUAAAUGUAUUGUUGUCUGUUUGCAAAACUGUUGAAAACAUGUAUAAUUUGUGAUAUGCUUGAAAAAUCAAAAAAAAAAAAAAAAAACA